AUGCACAAUAUAUCGAUAUCCCGAUUAACAGAUCGACAAAUAUUGAUUAAGUUUUGUGGAAUCUGUUGGAAGACAAAGCUUCUCACCACUCAUUCUACAUACGUGAUCUCGCUCAUUAGUGCACUAUCCCUUACGAUACGAUUAACAUACCGGCACGUUUUGAAAUGUAACGUUAUAGCAUCAAUAGCCGUCGAUCAGAAUAGGAGCAAACAAGAGGCCGCCGCUGCCACUGCCGAACCGAGAGCCAACCAUCUCUUUUCGACACAAGCCAUAGGACGUUUGCUGCAAACCAUCAUAGAACACUUCUCCUACCAGACUUCUUCGCCAUCUUCCUCUGACCCCUCUGCUCGGCUCAUAACGCUGCAUUGCUGUUUACCGAUCAAUCGAAGAGCCGAACCACCCCAGAUCAAAAACAUGGUAAAAGUAACAGUGAAAGCUGUGUUACACUUCGAAAAUUUCGAACAAAUAAAUUAA